AUGCUCAUCUUUGCUAGUAGUUGGGUGUCUGUCUGUGUGGAGGUUUGUGAGGAAGAUAUCGCGUUGAGGCGAGAGACAGAAGAAAUACAACUCGCUCCUCCCGACAAGAUCUCCCUCGCGAUCAAAAACCUGCACUCGGCACUCCCCUCGCGCGCACCCAGAUCCCUCGUCGCAGACCAACUCUCGCUCAUCGGCAUCCACGUCUACGAGCACGGUCUCUCGCCCCAAGAUCUGCUGCUGGCCGCUGAAGUGCUUACGUCUCCGGCGGUGCUGACGACUUCUGACGCGCUGCAGCUUGUCAAGUUGCUGAUUCCGAAGGAAAGUGUUGGUGAUGAGGUCGUGCUUAGGAUCGUGGGGUGUCUCGGGGUUGGGCAGGGCAAGGCUGAGCCUGCUGUUCAGGUAUCUUCUCAUAUUCUCUUCUAUCCACUCUACUAUUCUGCUGCUAACUAUCUGAAGAGCGCACUGCUGCGAUGGCUCGUCAUCAUCCAGCCAUUCCUCAAAUCACCCAAAAUCCUCUCAUCCCUCUACAACCUCCUCUUCCUCCUCCUCAGCUACGAGUCCAUCCGUCCCUGGCUCUGCCACAUCCUCUUCCUCAUCACCACCCGCCGCGACAUCAAACCCUGGCGGAUCCAGUACCUGCUCGAGCUGCAAAACAAGUACCGCGACUCGCAGCACCUCACUGGCUUGCUUGUGCUUUAUAAAGAGUACUACCCCGAAAUCAUCAUCGACCGCUUCUUUCGCCUCCGGAGUACUCUCUUUCGAUACCCAGACCCAGCACUCAUGACCAUCAUCCUCGACCUCCACCGCUCCUCCUCCUCCUCCUCCUCAUCAUCAUCAUCCGCCCCCCACAUCUCCCGCGACCCGCUCUCGCGCUCCGCUCCCAAACGCCGCAAACUCGCCCUCCCCGACCGCGCGACGCUAGAUCAAUCCCGCGCGUCAGUAACAGUCGAAGACAUUUCCUCGCUGACUUCCUUCGUGCACUCGAUCGACCGCAUCGCGCUGCCCGCACAGGUUGGCUCUGUCCUGCGCGACGACGGUAUGGUGCGCCUCGUGCUUGUGAAUCGGCCUGGGAAACUCGCGUGGGCGAGAUUAAACACCUGGAUCGCCAGCACGCUUUCGGACGAGCUUUCUUCGGAUAGCGAUAGUGAGGAGAUACUGGGCGAGAUGCUGGCUCGCGUUUCCGAGCUUUGUGAUUACACCACCGACCUCCUCGUCUCGGUCGAAGAUUUUCUUUUAUCUCGAUAUUUGAAGACAUGGGCAGGCCGAUCGAAUCGCCAGGUAAUUUUCAACCUCCUCCUCCUCCUCAAAAUCCGUCCCUGGCCCGACCUCCACGACGACCUCCUCUCUCCCCUCUCCUCCCUCUACCACAGCCCCACAACCGACCCCGCCUUCAAGAAAGACUACGUACUUUUCCUAACCGAGCUGUACGCCUCCUACGCGCGACAAUUCGGGCCCGCGUCGGCGAUCAGGAGCGCGGAGAGCUUGCUUUCGCGCGCGCAGAUCGCGCAGGUUAUGGAGGGACUUUGGCGGGAGAUUAUGGAGUUGGUUGCAUAUGAUGAUGGGGUGACGACGAGGCAGGUGGUGUGGUAUAUCAAUGAGGUUUCUACGUUGUGGGUGCGAUAA